GAUGCUUAAACGUUCAUCACUGAUCAAUAAUUUAUAAUCAGUUAUCAGUUAUUAACCAAUCUGGUUCUACUACAGAUGUUGGUUCUGUUGCAGAUGUUGGUUCUACUACAGAUUUUGGUUCUGCUGCAAAUGUUGGUUCUACUACAGAUGUUGGUUCUGGUUCUCCUACAGACGUUGGUUCUGGUUCUCGUACAGACGUUGGUCCUGGUUCUCCUACAGAUGUUGGUUCUGCUACAAAUGUUGGUUCUACUACAGAUGUUGGAUCUGAUUCUACUACAGAUGUUGGUUCUGCUGUAGAUGUUGGUUCUGGUUCUGCUGCAGAUAUUGUUCUACUACAGAAAUUGGUUCUAGUUCUACUACAGACGUUGGUUCUGGUUCUACUACAGACGAUUCUGGUUCUGCUGCAGAUGUUGGUUCUACUGCGGACGUUGGUUCUGCUGCAGAUGUCGGUUCUGGUUCUGCUGCAGAUGUUGGUUCUGGUUCUGCUGCAGAUGUUUCUACUACAGAUAUUGAUUCUGGUUCUACCGUAGAUGUUGGUUCUGCUGCAGAUGUUGGUUCUACUACAGAUAUUGAUUCUGUUUCUACUGUAGAUGUUGGUUCUGGUUCUGCUGCAGAUGUGGUUCUACUACAGAUGUUGAUUCUGGUUCUACUGUAGAUGUUGGUUCUGGUUCUCCUACAGAUGUUGGUUCUACUACAGACUUUGGUUCUACUGCAGAUGUUGGUUCUACUAUAGAUGUUGGUUCUGCUGCAGAUAUUGUUCUACUACAGAAGUUGGUUCUAGUUCUACUACAGACUUUGAUUCUACUGCAGAUGUUGGUUCUGGUGUAGAUGUUGGUCCUACUACGGACGUUAGUUCUACUACAGAUGUUGGUUCUGCUACAGAUGUUGGUUCUACUACAGAUGUUGGUUCUGGUUCUCCUACAGACGUUGGUUGUGGUUCUCCUACAGACUUUGGUUCUGGUUCUCCUACAGACGUUGGUCCUGGUUCUCCUACAGAUGUUGGUUCUGCUACAAAUGUUGGUUCUACUACAGACGUUGGUUCUGAUUCUACUACAGAUGUUGGUUCUGCUGUAGAUGUUGGUUCUGGUUCUGCUGCAGAUAUUGUUCUACUACAGAAAUUGGUUCUAAUUCUACUACAGACGUUGGUUCUGCUAUAGACGUUGAUUCUGGUUCUGCUACAGAUGUUGGUUCUGCUGUAGACGUUGGUUCUACUGUGGACGUUGGUUCUGCUGCAGAUGUCGGUUCUGGUUCUGCUGCAGAUGUCGGUUCUGGUUGUGCUGCAGAUGUUGGUUCUGGUUCUGCUGCAGAUGUUGUUUCUACUACAGAUAUUGAUUCUGGUUCUACUGUAGAUGUUGGUUCUGGUUCUGCUGCAGAUGUUUCUACUACAGAUAUUGAUUCUGGUUCUACUGUAGAUGUUGGUUCUGGUUCUGCUGCAGAUGUGGUUCUACUACAGAUGUUGAUUCUGGUUCUGCUACAGAUGUUGGUUCUGCUACAGACGUUGGUUCUACUGCAGACAUCGGUUCUACUACAGACGUUGGUUCUACUACAGAUGUUGGUUCUGUUACAGAUGUUGGUUCUACUACAGAUGUUGGUUCUGGUUCUACUACAGAUGUUGGUUCUACUACAGAUGUUGGUUCUGGUUCUACUACAGAUGUUGGUUCUACUACAAAUGAUUCUGCUACAGAUGUUGGUUCUGCUACAGAUGUUGGUUCUGCUACAGACGUUGGUUCUACUGCAGACAUCGGUUCUGCUGUAGACGUUGGUUCUACUACAGACGUUGGUUCUGCUGCAGAUGUUGGUUCUGGUUCUUCUACAGACGUUGGUUCUUCUACAGACGUUGGUUCUACUACAAAUGUUGGUUCUACUGUAGAUGUUGGUUCUAAUUCUACUACAGACUUUGGUUCUACUGCAGAUGUUGGUUCUGGUGUAGAUGUUGGUUCUGGUUCUUCUACAGACGUUGGUUCUACUACAGACAUUGGCUCUACUACAGAAAUUGCUUCUGCUUCAGAUGUUGGUUCUAGUGCAGACGUUGGUUCUGGUUCUGCUGCAGAUGUUGGUUCUACUGUAGAUGGUUCUACAACAGACAUUGGUUCUGCUGUAGACGUUGGCUCUGGUUCUACUACAGAUGUUGGUUCUGGUUCUACUACAGAUAGUGAUUCUACUACAGAUGUUGGUUCUGGUUCUACUACAGAUAUUGAUUCUACUACAGAUGUUGGGUGUGGUUCUACUACAGAUGUUGGUUCUGGUUCUACUACAGAUGUUGGUUCUACUCUAGAUGUUGGUUCUGCUGUAGAUGUUGUCGUGUUCUGGAAGGUUCUGAGCGGGACGUUUAUCUGCGUUUACUUAAUCUUUGCUCGGUGUGAUGUAACCGUGUGUUUGAUGUGUAGCAACAGGCGCCACCUCAUCCUCUGACAGCCAAUCAGAGCAGAGCAGGAGACAUUCAGUCUGAAGAACCAGAAGGUUCUGGGGAGUUCUAUCAAAUUUGGUUGAUUUUUACAUCAAACAGAACAGUUUGAAACACGUUGGACUUUUAUUAUUAUUUAGCAGAUACUAAAAAUGAUUUAAUUUUAUUUGUUUUUCUUCGCUGUAUUUCAACGUCCUUCAGGUUCUGGUCCAUCAUGCCCAUCGACAUGACUCUACCCGUCUACCUGUCCCAGGAGGACUUCGUCUACUCGCCGCCUCCAUCCUGUCCGCCUGCUGUCGGCUCUUCGUUCUGCAUUGAGUCCUUGGACAUCAGAUCCAACGAUCGCAGCAGGAAAACCAAGAAGCAGGUGACUUUUGCCGACCACAAAGGUCUGUCUCUGACCAGAGUGAAGGUCUUCUCCGAGUUCAGCGACCCCAUCGACGUCCCUCUGAGUGUCCAGCUGAGCUCGGCUCCGUCGACCCAACAGGACAAACUGGAGCUGGACUUCAGCCAGCCGUCCUCCGACUACCUCCUGUUCCGCCAGCGGCUGGACGGCGGCCUGGUCUGCCUGGAACACUGUGUUCUGAAGGAGCGAGCCUUCACCGGAACCGUCAAGGUCAAAAACGUGUCCUUUGAGAAGUCAGUGAAGCUUCGCGUGACCUUCGACUCAUGGAGGAGCCACCUGGACGUGGACUGCAGGUACGUGAAGGAGUCGUAUCCCAGCUCAUACAGCGACACCUUCUCCUUCGAGGUGUCGCUGCCGGCCGAGCUGCAGCUCCACGAGCGCGUCGAGUUCGCCGUCCGCUACGAGGUGGACGGCCGGGAAUACUGGGACAGUAACCACGGUGACAACUACCGCAUUGUGUGGGCGUCGCUGAGGCGCCGCCAGGACCGGCGCUCCGACUCCCGGGACUUCGGGAUUCACUUCGACCGCUACGGCAGCCCCACGUGUUCCCACGGCAUCUUCCCCGACUGGCCGAGCUACGCCGGCUACGAGAACAUCGGACCGUACUACUGACGGGUUCUGAGUGGUUCUAGAGCUGCUGGAACAGGAAACAGGUUCCGUCUGGCGGGAACAGGAAGGACGGUUCAGAAGCUGCCUGAGAAUCCAAUCGGAGAUCCAGAACUUGCAGCUGACCUACGGAGGCAGCAGCUCCUCAGCAGGUUUCUGCUUCUCUUCACUGCAGUUGUUGGAAAGGAGUCCAACAUCGACUUGAACGUCUCAUCCUGCAGCCCGAGUCCAAGUCCAGUUUUAACAUUUUGUUCGAGUCGCUUUAUUUUUCCUCAUUAACACUAGUGGCUGGUUUUUACUUUGAUAAUCGGUUGACAAAGAAAAGUUUAGUUUUUAUUCACCAGAGUUUAAACUGAACGUUCCUCAUCAGUUUUUCUGGGACUCUACUCGUUUGUUUGGUUUGUUUCUCGCUGUCAGAUAUGAAGACAGAACGUAGGAAGCAGUCAGUAUCACCAGGUCUGCAGCUGAAGCUCAGGUUCUGGUGAUUAGAGUUUCUCAGUGAACUGUAGAUUUCUUUGUGGUGUAAACCAUCUGAAACUGCUGUAUACCUGAAGUGACUUGAGGUGUUUUGUUGGAAUGAAGCUGAACGUUUGGUUUAGAGACUCUGGGAUCACUGUUCAGACUUUAUCUGAUCGGCUGCUGCGCUUGAACUCGUCGGCCUGCAGCGGUUUAAUGUUUCACGGGAUCUGUCAACACGAUGAGCUGCACUUUAUCUGCCAUCUGUUUCACAAUCACUGAAAACAUCAGUUCACUGGAAGCAGCUGAAGGUUGAACCUCAGGUAGAGGAGCAGCUUCAGACGGUGUUCAUGGAUUCAUCCAGCAUUCAGAUGUUUCUCUGGACUCUUCUCAUGAUGGAUCCGUCUGAACUGGACAGGAUGUCAACUUUCUUUGUGUGUCUGAAGGGAAUCUGAGUUAUUUUUAGAGAUUCUGCUAAAUAAAGGGUUUGAAGUCGUUGUGAUGGUUAACAUUUUAAAUUGUUUGUGUCAAAAAUCUUUGUUUAAAAUGAUCUGAAGAGCAAUAAAAUAUAGAUUUGUA